AUGGCUCCUGAGCCGUCGGAUGGCUCUGUCAAACCCGCAGGGCCGCCCAAGACAGACCUCAGUGCAGAGGAGAGCAAGAAGGCGGCUGUCCUAAUUCAGAAAACUUACAGAGGACACCGCACGCGCCGCGAGUUGAACGGGUUUGGUCUGGACGCCUCGACGCGGUGGUAUGAGGCGGUGCGAGAUGCCCAGUUCAAAGCACACACUUCACCCCAGCCUCCCAUCUCUUCCCAUGACAACACAGACACGAACGAGAGCGCAACAUCUCCCGCACGGUUGAAAUGGAGUCGAGCGACCGAGGUUGCUCGCAGGGCUGGCGCCGACGACCGGUCCCCUUCCAUCUCCGAGUACUCGUCAGAUGAAGAUAUCGAAAAUGCCGAGGGCUCGCCCACCGGAAUGACCCAAGAAGAGAGGGAAGCGGCACGAAGAAGAAGAGCCGAGGCCAACGCCAUGAGGAAGAAGACUGCCAAGAUGAUGGAUCUGCAAUAUUUUCUUGAGAUGGUUGACCAGAAACACCGUUAUGGGAGUAACCUGCGCAAAUACCAUGCCCACUGGAAAACACAAGACACGGAUCAGAACUUCUUUUACUGGCUGGACCAAGGCGACGGCAGGAAUUUAGACCUUCCAGAGUGCAGCCGAGCACGACUAGAUAAGGAGCAAGUGCGAUAUCUGUCCCGCGAAGAACGGCUGAACUAUCUGGUCAGGGUCAACGACAAGGGCCUGCUUAUCUGGGCCAAGAAUGGUGAACUGGUCUGGACCAAGGAUGAGCUAUUCAAAGACAGCGUCAAUGGGAUUGUUCCCAUCGAUGACUCCGCACCGAAAUGGAAGUACAACGUGCCACCGCCAGGGGCGAGUGAAUCUGACAGCAGCUCCUCGGAUGAAUCAGAGGAUGACGAAAACACGAAGGGUGACGAAGGAGAGAGAUAUGUCAACGAAGAAUUCCAUCGCGCCAGAGGGAUUGCCAAGGUCAAAUAUGUCAGCGCGGCAGUGCUGUUCAACCACAUGAUCAGAACGAGCUUGAAGAAAGGACACAAGUGGAUAUUCGUCUGCGAUACCUCGUUUCGAUUGUACAUUGGGUACAAGCAGUCAGGGGCAUUCCAGCACUCGUCGUUCUUGUACGGCGCACGGAUCCUGUCAGCAGGGUUGAUCAAGGUUAAGCAUGGUCAAUUACGGCGGCUAUCACCCUUGAGCGGACACUAUCGGCCACCAGCGGCGAAUUUUCGAGCCUUUGUGCACAGCCUGCGGGACGAGGGCGUCGACAUGUCGCACGUGUCAAUCUCCCGAAGCUAUGCAGUGUUGGUUGGUCUGGAGAGUUACACCAAAACCCGCAAGCGCAUAAAGGCAGUCAGUGAGACUGUCGUGCACGAGAAGGACAAGUUGCUCAACCCAGAGAAGGUCAAGAUGGAGGAAGAGGCGAUGAGGGACAAAUCCGAGAGCGCGGAGAAGGAGAGGCUGUACCUUGAACAGCAACGCGAGGCUCAGGAGCGGGAAGCACGCGAGCGCCGCAAGGCUAAGCGCAGCCUGACGGGCAGAUUUUCCAGUGCAUUUGGGAAACUCAAGCUUCGGAAAGACAGUAGCGAUGACGUACCGGCGGGAGAGGAACAAGCGAGACGAAUCCUGGGGACAGGGCCGGAGGAUGGCGUGCCUCCGCCAGAAGGCCACCGCUGA